AUGCUAAUCUUUAGCUCAAGUAUAGGAGCUAUAAAAGAGACUAAAAGAACUCCAUGUGACAAGUUUGAUAUGAAGGAUCUUGGAGAGGCUGAUGUAAUACUUGGGAUAAAGGUUACAAAAACCGAGAAAGGUUACCUUUUAUCUCAAAGUCAUUACAUGGAGAAGCUCCUGAAGAGACCAGAUCUUGCAUUUGCUGUGAAUAAACUCAGUUGGUAUGCUCACAACCCUGGUAUCCCACAUUGGGAUACACUGAGAAGGGUACUUCAAUACCUAAGAGGCACGAUAGACUGGGGCCUUAACUAUAAGGGAAACCCAGCUGUGCUCGAAGGGUUCUGUGAUGCAAACUGGGUAAACGAACUGAUGAUGUAA